GCACAACUACGGCAGACUACAAGCUGUACUUUCCGACUUGCGCUGUGUGAGUUAGGCAGCAGUGGAGGGUCUACCUGAGGAGACUCAAAAAUAGCCCUCAAAGGCGAUUAGGUAUGACGGAUACUGACGGAGGGGCUCCGCGGGAGGACUGUACGUAGAGAUGAGGAUUCCUCCGGUGUGGGCGCUGGGCGCUUGCCAGACUGGGUGAAGUGAGAAGUGAGAGGGAAACCUGCUGCGAACAAACCACCGCCUGGGACUGCUGAGGAGGACCUCUGUGCAGGUUCACACGGCCGUCGGCAGCGUGGAGCUUCCUGACCCAUGGAGAAUUACUUCCAGGCCGAGGCCUUCAACCUGGACAAGGUGCUGGACGAGUUUGAGCAGAACGAAGAUGAGACCGACAAUCCCAUUCUCUCGGAUGCCAAGUGGACCCAGAUCCUGGCCCCGCCGGCCCACCUGCUCUCUCUGAACCCCGCCCUGGCCCACGCAGACCUCAGUCCCGGGGAGAGUCCGCUGCCCUUCAAAACCCUCCCCAACUCCUCCAGCACCUCCCCGGGGGGAGACUCAAAGAGACUUCCAGGUCUAGAACCUCCAUCCUGGGUAGAGGAGAGGCCGGCAGACGUCCACAGCCCUCCCCUCCCCCAGCCCAACAUCGGCAAGCUGGUGGGCACCGACGACCUCUCGCCGCCCCCUGUGACGGCCUGCCCUGCUGUGGAGAAUGGCUGCCCUGCAAGCCCAACACUGGGGGGGCUCAGCAAGAAGAUACAUUCUCCUUCAGAUAGACAUCCUGGGGAUUCUGAUCAGGAAUCGCAUCAGGAGGAAAGAGCCGACUCAGCAUCAGGAGGAGGCUCCACCGUCGGUCACACUCACUUCACCUUUGAGGUUGGAUUAGAAAAAGAAACUCUGCCACUGAGAAUAAAUCCAAAUGUGCAACCAACAACACACAAUGGGGAAGAUGUCAGACAGGAGGCUGGUACAGCUGUCUUACAAGACAAUGGUCAUGAAAAACAGACUGCACACUUUAAACAGCAGCAUGUAGAGAGUCUCCUGCAUAGGGAAAAAGACAUUCGUAGUGAUUGUAAGGUGGAGGAGAAUGGUGUAUCUCCUCCUGACAGGAACGGACUGGAUAUAAAGCAGAGGAGAUGUGGUCCAAAGGGACAGAUGGACCAACUCCUCAGAAUACCAAGCCUUCCCAAUGGUUUAGAGCAGGAGAGCAGUAACCAUUCCAAAGCAGAGGAGAUGGAGGAGGAGCAGGAGGAGGGUUUUUCUCCCUCUCCUGUCCCCUCCAAAGAGGACUCUGUCACUGAGGAGAAAGAAAUGGAGGAAAGCAAGCAGGAGAGCAGUGAGGGAGUAGCAGUGGGGUCAGGUAGCAUCCAACCAAAACUUAACAAUCGCCUGCAGCCGGUCAGUGUUCCCUUCGGAGGAGCGCGACCGAAACAGCCGGUCAACCUCAAGCUCCAAAUCCCACAGCCUCUGUCGGGCCAGGUCCAGAAUCAGCUCGCCAACAGCAGGAACAAAAACCAUGACAACCAGUGUCGGAGAGGCACGCCCUCUGAAACCACGCCCAGUGGGACUGAGCCCAGUUUAGUGGGGGUGAACGGAGAGGGUGUGGUCCACUCUCCUGCCUCGAUGCCCUCGGAGAGCCCGGACAAUGACCUCCAGGCCGGCCAGCAGGGCUCUCUGAGCAGGAAAGCCUCCAGCUCCCUGGGUGAGGUGGCCCCUGUGUGGGUCCCCGACUCCCAGGCUCCUGUCUGCAUGAAAUGUGAUGUCAAGUUCACCUUCACCAAGAGGAGGCACCACUGCAGGGCCUGCGGCAAGGUGUUCUGUGCGGCGUGCUGCAGCCUGAAGUGCAGGCUCAUGUACAUGGACAGGAAGGAGGCUCGCGUCUGUGUCACCUGUCAUUCUGCUCUGACCAGUGCUCCAUCUUGGGAGACGCCGGCCGCUGCAACCAACCACAGUCCGAACCCCAACAACCCGUCAGAGUACUGCUCCACAAUCCCCCCCCUGCAGCAGGCCCAGGCCUCGGGGGCCCUCAGCUCCCCCCCGCCUACCGUCAUGGUGCCUGUGGGAGUCCUGAAACCAGCUGGCAACGAGGGGACCCUGACACGGGAGCAAAGGAGGGUGUGGUUCGCUGACGGACUGCUACCUAACGGAGACGCAUCGGAGUCCCCAAAACCUGCAUCAUCCAGUCCGGCCCCCUCCCACUCAAUGGCCAUAUCAAUGUACUCAAACAAAUCCUGCACUGCUGAACACUCAGAGGCCUCUCACACCCCUGUGGCCCCGGUGGGCAGCCCCGUGGGCAGCUCGUUCAGCCUGAUCCCGGAGGACGGUCUCCCUCCCAUCCUCAUCUCCACCGGAGUCAAAGGAGGUACGGGAGGCCACAUCACAGACUAUGCAGUGGAGGAGAGGCCUUCAGAGAUCGUCCUCAUGCAGCAGCUGGAGGAGGGAGGCCCCGACCCCCUGGUCUUCGUGCUCAACGCUAACCUGCUCGCCAUGGUCAAGCUAGUCAACUAUGUAAACAGGAAGUGCUGGUACGUGACGACGAAGGGCAUGCACGCCGUCGGCCAGGCAGAGGUGGUCAUUCUGCUCCAGUGUCUCCCUGACGAGAAGACUAUCCCCAAAGAUAUCUUCACACACUUUGUGCAGCUCUACCAGGAGGCCCUCAGUGGCAACGUGCUGAGCCACCUGAGUCACUCGUUCUUCACGCAGAGCUUCCUGGGCAGUAAGGAGCACGGGGGCUUCCUGUACAUCAGCCCUUCCUUCCAGUCGCUGCAGGACCUGCUGCUGCCCAACCCGCCCUACCUCUUUGGCCUCCUCAUCCAGAAGUGGGAGACGCCCUGGGCCAAAGUCUUCCCCAUCCGCCUCAUGCUGCGGCUGGGCGCAGAGUACCGCUUCUACCCCUGUCCGCUGUUCAGUGUGCGCUUCAGAAAGCCGCUCUUCGGAGAGACCGGUCACACUAUCAUGAAUCUGCUCGCAGACUUCCGUAACUACCAGUACACGCUGCCGGUGGUGAAAGGUCUGGUUGUGGACAUGGAGGUGAGGAAGACGAGCAUUAAGGUCCCCAGUAACCGUUACAAUGAGCUGAUGAAGGCCAUGAAUAAGUCCAACGAGCACGUGUUGGCCAUGGGGGCGUGUUUCAACGACCGGGCCGACUCUCACCUGGUGUGUGUCCAGAACGAUGACGGGAACUACCAGACGCAGGCCAUCAGCAUCCAUCACCAGCCCCGCAAAGUUACUGGAGCCUGCUUCUUUGUGUUCAGCGGUGCUUUGAAAGCCUCGUCUGGCUUCUUAGCCAAAACCAGCAUUGUUGAAGACGGUGUAAUGAUCCAGAUCACAGCGGAGACCAUGGACUCUCUACGGCAAGCCCUGAGGGACAUGAAGGACUUCAGCAUCACCUGUGGGAAAGCAGACCAGGAGGAGAACCAGGAGCUCGUCCACAUCCAGUGGACAGAGGACGACCACAACUUCAACAAGGGUGUCAUCAGUCCGAUCGAUGGGAAGUCCAUGGAGUCCAUCACCAGUGUCAAGAUCUUCCACGGCUCCGAGUUCAAGGCCAACGGAAAAGUCAUCCGCUGGACCGAGGUGUUCUUCCUCCGGAGCGAGGACCAGCCCAGCGGUCUGAGCGACCCGGCGGAUCACAGCCGGCUGACGGAGAACGUGGCGAGGGCGUUCUGCGUGGCGCUGUGUCCCCACCUGAAGCUGCUGAAGGAGGACGGCAUGGCCAAGCUGGGCCUGAGGGUCACGCUGGACUCAGACCAGGUGGGUUACCUGGCGGGCAGUAACGGGCAGGCCCUCCCCCCUCAGUACCUGAGCGACCUGGACAGCGGUCUGAUCCCCGUCAUCCACAGCGGGGCCUGCCAGCUGAGCGAGGGCCCCGUCGUCAUGGAGCUCGUCUUCUACAUCCUGGAGAUCGUCUCGUAGGAGCCUCCGAACCCCCGUUUACUUUCUGACGUCAACCCCCCCCCCCCCUCCAGCCGUUUGACCUUCACCAGAGCCCGGAGACUGAGGCGGGUCGCAGCAUCUCGUCAGCAUCUCGUCAAAACUAUGCAUCGAGUAGCCGGGUUCCUGAUCACAUGACCCUCAGCUGACAGAAACCCUGACCCCUGCUGGUCCUCUGAGGCGCUGCGAGCAGGACACACACACCUGAGGUCAGACUGUCAAUCAGUGUGUGUCACAGCGCCGUGAUCAACUCCCUGGAAGGAUUUAUCGUAUUUACAUCAUUAUAUUUUACACUAAUUAACAGAAAAAUAGGAUUAGUCGGAACUCUACAAAAUCGAAUGACUUCAUUUAAUCAUCCGACCUUAUUUAUGAUUUACUCUAACAGUCGAUUAGAGAAGCAAUACCAUUAUUAAACGUAAUAUGCAAAUGGAAUUUUCUUUACAAUAUUAUAAAUUAUCAUAACUAAGAUGUCUAAUAAAAAGGUAUUUAAUACACACUCAUUUUAAGGGUUUUAAAAAUAAAACGCAAAGGAUAUAAGUGAGUUGAAUUUAAGAAGGUGCUCUAUUUAUUUUAUUUAUCUCCAGCAGUCGGAUCCUAUUCCACUCAGAAUUUCUCCCAAGAUCCCGCCUAGCUCCACUUCUGCUACACCUCAUUUUUAUUUGUAUUAUAUCUGGCAGCUGAGCAGUUUCAUGUGGUUGCUUAGCGUCACAUUUCAGAGGUGCAGAAACGAAGGACUUGAUGAAUAGUAACGCAAUAAACUAUUAAUAAUAAUAAUAACAUCCUUAUUAAAUGGUGGUUUUCUGUUGAUCAGUGUAAAAACUAAAGCCACUUGUAAAACAAUGAUUUCCAGGGAGGGUGGAUACUUUCGAAGCUGUAGCUCAUCGUCACGGUAACGUCACGGUAACGUCACUGUGGCAGCCGGCGCUCCUGAAGCUCUGUGUAGCACGGAGACUCGUAUCUACUGCUGAAAGAAGUCCGGACUAUUCCUUUUUGCAGCAACGUUAACAAAAAGGAACUCUUUAAAUCAUCCGAUGAGGAAUUCCAAGGUGUUCCUGUGUGGUGAUUUUGAUUGUAUUUGUUGCACCGUGGUGCUCAGUGCCUGCAGCAGAGAUCCAUCAAACAGAAAAAAGAGACAUUUAGCUUCACCUCUUUUAAGCUUUACCAUCAAACACCAGAGGCUUUACUUCACGUACCUGUUGUUAACCUUUUUGUAAGCGGCAUCUGUAGCCUCCAGAGAUGAAGACGGCGUUACUGAAGCAACAGAAAGCCCUUUUGUCCAACAGCAGAUAAAAGGAAUCGGAAAAAGCUUUAUUGACAAACUGGAUCUGAACAUGAAGCUCAUCAUCAUCAGUGCUCGUUGUGUGUCCUCCACUCAAGUUAUUUCAAGGAGAAUAACUGUUGAAGAUGUAAAGAUAUAUAAAUAAAUAUAUAUAUAUAUAAGAACUGUAUUAAUUUGCAGAAGCAGUGCACUGGAUUCUAAGCCAUUAACAGGAGAGUGAGAGCGAGCUGCCGUUGUGUCCUGAAAGACGUUUUUAUUUUCCAACGGCAGAAGAGACAAGUGUUAUUGAAGAUCCUGCAGAAACAAAGAGUUGGAUUUGGACCUGAAUCUGAAUGUAUCAUCCUUCCAAAAUCAUCCCACUAAAGACUUUUCAAAACGUUUCGUAGGAACCGUGCAGAUUUUUAGUUCCUGUGCGUCCUCACACAGAUCUGCUCUGGACUGCGCUCUCCUGCAGCUUCAUGGACCUGGAACAAUUAAAGAAUGUAUUCCUCCUGUUUCUGUUACAAAUCUGCAAUGUGUGUGUUUUUGUUUCUGGCUAGACUAAUCACCAAAAACCACCCUGUCAUGUCCAAAUGCUCUGUACAGCGUAUCUAUCAUUCUGCAUUAUGGCAAUUCCUCCAGUUUUAAAUCAAGCUCAUGGAAAAGCAGAAGGGGCUACACAAACAAAAUACUGUAAGGGUUUUUUUUAAAGCAAAAACUCGUCGUCAUAAGUGAGAAUCAGACAAUCACGUGGAAAUCUGCAGACGAGCCUUCUGAGUUAGACCCGUAGCAUUUAGUUUAUUUCUCAAUCUGAAGUAUUUUAGGAUCUCGUGUAGCAGAGUAACGCUAGGUCAUCAGUUCUGGGUUUAUUACUGUGAUCAAACCAGAGCGUCUCGAUCACUGUGUGACGUUCAUCUGGUCUUAGGAGUUAACGAAGAGGAGACAAGGAGUUAUUUUUUCUGUUGUUUUUUCGACGCGUGCAAUAUGUCCUGAAUCCAAAAGAAAAAAGGUGCAAUUUGUUUGACUGAAAAAGUAGCAUUUUGUUUUUUUUAUUCAGUUGUAAAAUGUUACACUCCUAAAUUAUAACACUGCAUGCAAACCAGCUUGAAACGGUGAAGAGAGAAAAUCAACUUUGCAUUUUGACAGUUAUAUCUUUUUAAGUUUGUGGAUGAAAUCAAAAGAUAAAUCCAUUCGUUCAUAAACCGGGUUUUGGUAUCCAUUUUUUUUAAUAAACAUGUCAAAAAAAUUUAAAAAGCCAAAAACCCUGUGCAUCUUUGGUUUCCUUUACACUACAAAUGUCAAGAAAAGUGGUCUUUAUGAAAAACUGUAGUAUAUGUAAAAUAAAUACUUAUAGAAAAUUGAAA